AUGUUAAGGUCGAAAUAUAAGAAGAACUUGUAUGCUUUACUUGACGAGAAAGAGUUUAACGUUUCUGCGUUCAACCGACUGCACCACAAUAUGGAACUUGCUCCAGUCAAGUUACCAAAAGUGUUCCGCAUAUUAGAGGAUUACAUAACAAAGAACAUUACUGUUGAAGCUAAUGUAAUUAAAGCGACAAAAACUAUGGGAGAGCUCUCUCUAAAUUGUCGUGAUCAAUUAUCAUUGAUAGACCAAAGUAUGAUCAGAGUGAUAAGACAAUGUGUCAACUCGACAGUGAAAAAGGUGAAGUUGGCAGGGGUUCAGCUCUUAGAUUUUUACACAAAGGCGUGUAACGAAAAUUCUGUUCGAACCAAUUUUGAGGAAAUUAAAAAGAUCCCAAACGACUUAACUAAGAUGGUUGGGAAUAACGAAGAGAUUAAAAGUUGUUUGACUGCGUUGAGAGAUUGUGUGGUCAUCUUCCAAAUGGUCAAUGAGCUCGACCAAAUACUUGGGUAUAACACUGUUCUUCGGGUCAUAUUUGACUCUCUCACAAAUUCUGAUGGGAACGAAGAGAUCACAACACAAGCCAAAGAAAUUGUACUAAAAAUAGUGACGUCCAUAUCAGACAAGAUCACUACUGUCAAGUUCAUCGUUCAGUUUUCGGAGUUUUUGGACAAGAAUGAGAAGUGGAGUAUCCCAGCAGUUCAAAGUAUAUUGGGCGAAUUUGGUGUUCGUGUGAAGCCAAUAAUAAGCGAAGUCAUUAUUCAGACAGUUCUUGAACACAUCCCAAAAAGCGACAAAAUUGCUUCAAAAAUAGCACAACUCAACUUUGUCAAAAAAAGUAUUAACAAUAAAGUCGGGUCUAUUAACGAUAAUGUACGAAGACUUCAUGGACUCUUGGACUUCCCUAUUGUUUCACAGAAGGAGUUUGAUGAAAACGAAGCAAAACCGUUCAUUGAAAUGGUGUUUGAUCUCAUUUGUGAGUGCUUGACUGCAAUUACUGACGACUUGAUUAAGGCAGACUUCUGCUUUUUCAUCUUCGGAGAGUGCGACCAGACUAACCAGUCUAAGACAUUCUUGAAUACUUUAUUGCUAUUUAAAAUCACUGGAUCAUUGAAAAAGGAGGUUCUCCAAAGAGUCGACAAAACAAACUUUGUGAAGUUCCUCUCCAAUUUCAAUUCGACGAAUAGCGAUAUCAGACAUAUGACACUUUUGGUAGUGAGACAGUUUCUGUUUGGGAAAGAGCUUGAGAAGUCAUCGAAAACAUAUGUAUUCAGCCAGCAAAUUAAAAUGGGGUUGGUUGAAAUGCUCCAACAGCCGACUUCAAGUGAAGACAUAGUCGAGAUCUACAAAUUUUGGAGAGACAUGAUAUUGACAGGGCAAGUCAAUGAAUUGCUCGAAACGAUUCCGUUGCUGGGAUAUGUGACGAAGAAGAGUGUGAAGAGCAACGAGAAGCAACAAGGAUGCAUUCAUUAUGUAACAAUCAUGUUACUUAAGAUCAUUGGGACCAAAUACAAUAUAGAAGGAUUGAAUGCAUAUACAGAGAGUCGCUUGAAAGGGAUUUCGUCAUACUUUGAAGUGAGUGGAAACGACUUAAAAGCUAAGAAAGUAGAGAAAGACCGGGAAGAUGUCAAAGGGCUUCUGUUAAUACAAAAAGACGUGUGUGACAUUAUAAAAAAUUCUGACGUUGCGCAAGAGAUCGACGGGAUCGAGAAAAUCGACGAGGAGAUUUCUCUUAAAAAUCGCGCGAAGCACAAAGUGAUGCAGACGAAUGUGUUAAAGCAGUCAUCAAUGAAAACAAAAGAGACUUCAAAGAAGAGUGUGAGCAUUUCCAAUGAAAUUUCAUUCAACAUGUUAAAGGAAAUUGCGACCAAAGGCAGUCAGAAGAAGGAGAACGAAAGUGAAGUGAGUAAACUCGAUAUCACUGUGUUAUUAACUCAAGCGGAAGAGCUCAAAAAAGAUGAGACGGAAAUGUUGAAUGGAAUUGACUCGUUAUUAGAGUGUGACAUUCAAAUGAGUAUACCAAAACAAGACGAACUCUUCAAUGCACAUUCUUUAAUACCGUUUGAGUGA